AUGGCUGCCACCACUUCCAUCGAGACUCCCCAGAAGAUCCUGCUCACCACCUCCGACAAUGUCGAGCUCAAGGUGGACCGUGACGUCGCUGAGCGAUCGAUCCUCAUCAAGAACUUGCUUGAGGAUCUAGGAGGCGAGGGCACCGAGGCCAUUCCUAUCCCCAACGUCAACGAGGCCGUCAUGAAGAAAGUGCUCGAGUGGUGCGAGCAGCACCGCAAGGACGCCCCCGCGACCCAGGAUGACGACUCCGACUCGCGCAAGAAGUCGACCGACAUCGACGAGUGGGACCAAAAGUUUAUGCAGGUUGAUCAAGAGAUGCUCUUCGAAAUCAUCCUGGCCGCCAACUACCUCGACAUCAAGGCCCUUCUCGACGUCGGCUGCAAGACCGUCGCCAACAUGAUCAAGGGCAAGUCGCCGGAUGAGAUCCGCAAGACAUUCAACAUCCAAAACGACUUCACCCCCGAGGAGGAGGACCAGAUCCGCCGCGAGAACGAGUGGGCCGAGGACCGUUAA